AUGGGUAAGGUGGUGGAGAGAAGGGAGGAGGAGGAGGAGAAGAAGAAGAAAAAAGGUCAGCCGUCUCUUUCAGAUGUCCGAAAACGCACUCUCAAAGGAAAACAACAACAAAAGCGAAUUCAUUCCGCUUCUACUUGCCUUAACCCCGACGCCAACGAGAUGGAUAGCGACGACAGAGUCAGCGACGAGAGCGAGAUCGAGGCUGACGGGAGCAUCAGGAGAGUUGGAGUUGACUUCUACUGCACCCAACUUGAUCAUUUGGAUGAGAACUGGAGGAUGAAGCAGAUGAACGCAAUAAUUCAAUCAACUGAUCGCCCCCACAUACUGGCUGGGGGUCUUAAUUCUCUUGAUGUAUCAGAUUACUCAUCUGAGAAAUGGACAGACAUUGUCAAGUAUUAUGAGAAGAUAGGAAAGCCUACGCCAAAGGUAGAGGGGGUGAAGUUUUUGAAGGGGAAAGGCUAUAAAGAUGCAAAGGACUUUGCAGGGGAAUGUGAGCCGGUGGUCAUCCUUGCCAAAGGCCAAAGUUCGUACUCUGUGAUUUCAUCAAAAGGAACUUCUGAUCACCACAUUCUAAAGGUUGAAAUGAAUAAAGUAGGGGAGAGUGCUCAAGAGAUUGCCUUUAGACAACCCAGGAAGAUUAAACAAAAGGUUGUAAGAAUCACAAACCAGUGUUAUUCAAGAAGUAUUUCGCUGCUAAAGCCAUAG